GCGUUCUUGGAACGAUAUCAAUAUCAAUAUCAAUAUCAACUCUUGUUUUCAGGCUCUCUCCUCUGAGACGCCAAGCCCUCUCCCUCUCUUCAUCCCUCUUCUCCGAUCAUGAGCUACUACAACCAGCAGGCACCGCCGGUCGGAGUUCCCCCUCCUCAAGGGUAUCCACCAGAGGGCUACGCGAAGGACGCUUACCCACCGCCAGGGUACCCUCCUCAAGGGUACGCCCAGGGAUAUCCGCCGCAAGGCUAUCCUCCGCAGCAGGCUUAUCCUCCACAGUACGCUCAGCCACCGCCACAGCAGCAGCAGCAGAGCAGCGGACCGAGCUUCAUGGAAGGAUGCUUGGCCGCCCUUUGCUGUUGCUGCCUGUUGGAAGCUUGCUUUUGAGUGAUAUCGUCACCAUCGCAUCAUGGUCAUGAACAUGAUCUAUAUUUUCCCUCCAAAGAAAGAAGAGUUGUGGCCUGGUGUAAAUUUUAAUUCUUUUCCUUGUUCAUUUCAUCUAGUUUGGAAUUGUGUCUUGUGAUCUUAUUUGAACAUCUUGCUUUUACCGUUUCAGAGUUUAUAAAUGCAUAGUAUUUGCUA